GCCUCUUUAGGUUCGGCGUGCGUCGCUUGCAUCCCGCAACAGCCUGUUCGCCUUUAGUGGCCUUCCGUUGCUUCCUCUGCCGAAACUCGUAGAGAAAGGGAUCCGCAGAUCGAAAUGCCUCCAAAGCCAGCUCGUGACGGGGAGCGCCGUAGCGCUCGCCAAGCAGCAGCGAAACCAGCUGCGUCUGUCUCUUCGAUACCCAGCAAGGAGAAGGCCGAGACUAAAAAACGCGCCGCCGGCAGCGCCGAUGUACCACCGCCAUCAAGCAAGAAGACCAAGGUUUCCAAAAGCAUUGCGAAAGGUGGCGCUGCCAUAAUCACAGUAGGGAACGGUACCGCGGGAGGCAAGCUCAAGGUCGGCGACAAGCUGCCACAGGGCCUGAUCCUCAAGACACAAGAGGAGAAGGAGGUCAAGGUUGGAGAGCUGAAAAAAUGCGUCCUCUUUUCAUAUCCAAAGGCUAACACACCUGGCUGCACGAACCAAGCCUGUCUCUUCAGGGACGCGUACCAACAGUAUGUCGACGAGGGUUUCACGGUGUACGGGCUGAGCAACGACAAUCCGACGCCGCUGAAGACCUGGAAGACGAAGCAGAAGUUCCAGUACGACCUGCUGUCGGAUCCGCAGCGGGCGCUCAUCGGCGCGCUGACGGGCAGCAAGAGCAGCACGAUGAGAAGCCACUUUGUCAUCGACGCGGACUGCAAGCUUGCGCUGAGCUCGAUCUCUGUCAAGCCGAAGGAGAGCUCGGAUGCUGUUCUCGAUUUCAUCAAGGAGAAGAAAGCCAGUCGUUGAAGGGCAGCAUCACCCCACCCCGCAUUUGACGGUGUUGGCCGAUGUACCUCUCCAUGUGACCGUCGUUCGAAUCUCAUAUGCAUCGUGUGC